AUGCGAGCAGUGCAGCGUCUGACAUCUUGCCAGCGUGCUGCGCUCGCCAACGUCAGAGCCAACGCAGCUCUGAACCACGACAAGGCUCUUCCCGAAGUGCGGGACCGCUUCGCAAGGCUUGGCUACGGGGAGGCGGAGCUGCAGGGCGUGCUGGGCUGGAUCCAGGAUCUUGCCCCGAUGUGCAUUCACAUUCACAUUGGCACUGUUGGGCGGUUUUUGGAGACCGACGAGUACUACCGGAGUCAGUUCGAGACGGGAACGUCCUGUGGUGCUUUGGAUGACAAGAACCAAAUUCGCAAAGACUGGGAGACGGAACUUUUCGGCGGGGCCUAUGAUGAGGCAAAGCCUUUCGAGCGAUGCAAGUACGGGGCUUUGGGUGUGAUGAACGAUUACAGAGGCAUCACAUCAGCCUACCAGUACGGCGACUCCUACUUAGUCUUGAAGGAUGUCCGGCUCCGAGCCACCUUCGCCGCAACGGACUCCGGCGGGAUCGCUGGCUCGCGGCUGGCGGUACUGGAUAAGUACGCCCAUGUGCUGAAAGAGUACAACGACAACGAGCUCCACCGACUCAUCGAGGUUGCGAUGGCCAAUACGUCUCUGGACGAUGUGCCGCGCAUCCAGCCGCAGCUGUUGCGCGGCCUCACAUCAGACACCACAAACGACUGGGUCACCAUGGGCUUCCCCGACCUCCCGCAGAAGAAAGGCCGCUACUACUUUGAGGUGGAGCUCAUCCGAGGGUGCCAGUCCCCACAGGUGGGCUUGCUGAGCAGCCGCUUCGAGCUCGCCCCUCGGACCAAAGGUCAGCACCUCUAUGGUGUGGGGGACGACGUGCACGGCUGGGCGGUGGAUGGGCAGCACUCAAUCCUCUGGCACAACGGGAAGAAGUUGGCCUGGAGUCGAUCCUGGGCCAACUCCGGACGCGAGCUCUCACAGAAUGUCGUCGUUGGCAUUGCUGUGGACGUGGAUGCCGGGAAGAUCUGGUUUGCCAGUGACGGAGAGUGGGAUGAGGAGGCCGACCCCAGCUUCGGCCCAAGCCUUGUGCCGAAGGGCUCCAUGCUCUACCCGGCCCUCUCUUUCAAGGGGCGGGCGCAGUUCAACUUCGGCCCGGACUACAAGCACAGUGCCCCCUCCUUCAAGGGCAAAGCAUUCCUGCAGUGGCCUGGGAUGUCAGACGGCGUCGUCCGCGCCGACUGUCCCAUCAUCGGCAACUCGAACAACGUCAACAUUUACAAAGAGAUCCAGCUACAUGGCGAGGUGAGCCUGAAGCGCAACGUUCAGCGGCUUGUGGCCAACCGCAAGCACCUCGAGGUGUCCAAAAGUGACCGGUCGUGGGCCGUUCGGGUGGAUGGGAUGGACGAUGCUGACGGUAGCUAUACGCGAAGUGGAGCACGACAUGGCAAAGCCAUGUACAAGCAACAGGGUGGCCGCUUCGAAAUCUCGUACGACAAAGCCUCUGGCAAGUGGAGGCUUACUUCGGAUGCCAGCCAAGAAGACAAGUGGAUCGCAGAAGUGCCUGGAGACGAUUCUUUCGAGCCACCUCGAUACGGUUGGCUGGUCCCGCGAGAACGGCAGGGGCGUGUGCCUGUGAAGCUGUUCCGCUCUGACCACCUCAUCAAGUCCUUGGCCGAAAAGGCCGCCGAUGCCUCCGAGGAGGAGGUCUUCCGUGUGGGUGAGAGCAGCUCCGAGAAGACUUGGCUUUCGCAUAUGUCUGCCCAAGCCAUUGUCACUAUGGUGGCUCCAGGCACCACCUUCAAGGACGAGUGGACGCAGCUCCAGAAGGAGAACAAGGUCCAAAGCACUGCAGAGGAUGCCUGGUCCCGAUGUCUGCAGGCGGCGCAAGACGAGGUGCUUGCACGACUGUCCCUUCAAAACGUCGUCAUCGUCGAAACGCCCACACAUCCCUACCCGGCCCGGGCUCAUUCCUGGACACAGGACGUCCACAUCCCGUCCGCCAGCAAGCUGCGUGUCAAGUUUUCCAACCGCUGUGCAACGACGGACGAUUGCGCCUCCCUGCAAGUUCUGGCAGGUGGGCUCAGCAAGAGCGCUGCCGGCGUUGGGGCCCGUGCUCACCUCAAGGCAAUCACCGGCCCCGAUCAGGUCCAUGGCACUUUGGCGGGGCAGGCUGAAGGCGGAAAAUGGAAUUUCGUCUACAGAAGAACGCUCUCCUCUGUGGUAGCGUCGUGGUGGGAGUGGCUGGACAAGUCUCCGGGCCGAAGCUGCACCGCCGUGUGCGCGCAGGAGGCUACGAUCCUGAAGAUCAAGUACGGUGGUGACACGAAGGUCGGCGACGAGAUUGCAGGCUUUACUUUCAACGAGGCUUCCCCAAUGACGCCCUUCAGCGUGGCAGGCUUCUCCAAGCCAGGCGGUCCUGCCCAGCUCAAGGGUGUUUAUGCCGGCUGGUUCGUGGAUGUCAUGGCGUUGAUCAAGUUGCUGGCCUUUUAUGAAGUGGUUUCCCAAACUAUCAAGCAGGACUUGCUCAAGAAGUUCAAGUCACUGGAGGGCGAGGGCUUCGGUGACCCCCCCAAGAAUCUCACGGAGAUCGCUGCGAACAUCGAGGGCUUCAAGAAGCGCCUGGAAGCUCUCCGGGGGCUGUCAGACAUAAACUUGACCUUCUACAACGGCCUCGACUUCCAGCUGCUUCCUGUCUGCGCGGCCAGCUAUCAGGGUGCGAAGGUGAGUGACGAGAUUAGCAGCUUCCAGGCAGAAGGCGGAGUUCUGAAAAUCUCCGGCUUCUGCGACGAGGGCCCCGCGCAGGCUGCGGGGGUACGCUCAGGCUGGCACGUCAGCCUCUUUGGGACCUUCAACCUGCAAGAGAACAAAGCAGUGCUGGGAGAUCUCACGCCACAGCAGGUCUUGGAAGAUCCAGAACGGUUACGCGAGCUUUCCGACAUUCAGCUGAUGUUGGCAUCUUGGCUUGAAACGAGAUGCUCACCCGGAAAUGGUGUCAAGCUGAUCUUCCACGCCAGUGCACUGCGGCCGAUGUUCUUGUGUGUAAACCGCAAGGAGCCGGCCAAUGCCGAGCCAGAGGAGCUUUUCUGCGGGUUCGGCGACGAAGACUGGACAGGUGAUGACCCAGAGCUGCGAUGGGGCGUCUUCGCAGUUGUCACUUCUGCCGAUGAGCCUGAGCUGACAGAAAGCAAAAUUGAGGAGUUGGUCGAUGCCUACACCGCCGCUUCGGGCCGGAUCGUCGGGAGCAACCUUGCAGAAGUCUCCAUCGAACCAGAGGACUGGGAUGAGGCCCGGUUGAAAGCGCUAUGCGAGCGCCACGGCUGGGAGUUCGAGUGGAUGACGGAGGAUGGGGAGAGGCGACGACGGAUUGAGGGCGCUGAGCGGGCGAGGCGCUCAUCGCGACGUCCGGCAGCGUCGUGCAGUCGGGGUGAUGUCUUUGGGAUGAGGAUGUCUUUGGGAUGA